AUGGGUUGGGUUAGAGGAGAAACCCUCGGAAAGGGUGGUUUUGGUUUCGUCUCUAUCGCCAAAACCAACCAAGAUAAUAAUCUGCCGCCGUUGAUUGCCGUGAAAACCGCCAAAUUUUCCGAAUCCGAAUCACUGAAGAAGGAGAAGGAGUUGCUCGACAAAUUCCAGUCAUGCCCCUCUAUCCUCCGCUGCUUUGGGGACGAAAUCACGACCGAAAAAGGGGAAAAACUCUACAACAUAUUGCUCGAGUACGCUUCCGGUGGAUGCCUUGUCGAUCACAUCAUCAAAGCCGGCCUAGCGGAAAUCACGGUCAGCCGCUGCACGAAAUCCGUACUCACGGCGCUCCUUCACAUCCACAAGGCUGGCUACGUUCACUGUGACGUGAAGCCUCACAAUGUUUUGCUCGUCGGCCAAGACGCCAAGCUCGCAGAUCUCGGGAGCUGCUGCAAGAGCUUCGACGGAAAUAGUUGUUGUGAUGAUUUCAGGGGCACGGUUAUGUAUGCGGCCCCAGAGUCCAUAACCCAGCAGAAGUACGGGCCGGACUCGGAUGUUUGGGCCUUGGGCUGCUCAGUUCUACACAUGCUCACCGGAAGACCACCGUGGAGUUUCGACAGCAAGGCCCAGGCAAAGGAUGUUCUCUUCAAGAUUGGGUGCAGUGACCAGAUUCCUCUUAUUCCGACGAACAACAGAAUAUCCAAAGAGGCUAAAGACUUUCUUGCAAAGUGUUUGGUGAAAGAUCCGACGGCCAGGUGGAAAGUUGAUAUGCUGCUCGGCCAUCCAUUUGUCAGCAAGGCUGAUCCACCGAUAGUUGCUGGAAAAUACCAUCAUCAUCAUCAUCAUCAUCAUCACCAUAGAUUGUCUCAUGGCAUUCACUCUUUGAUGCCUCAUUUAUAUUACAAAGUCAAUAGCAAUUCUUUCUUCCUUCCUGCUAUCUCCAUGAAUCUUAUCUUGGGGUGGCGGUCGUCGGGGGUUGGUUUUGGUGUCGACCGGGAGCUUCAUGAUGAUGAUGGUUGGUGGCCGCUUUCGGAAUAUUGGGUCCUUUGUAAGCUUCACAAAUGUAGUGAACAAAAUUUUGGUAAUCUUCUCGAACAGGAUAUCCGUUCACAACUAGCCAUGGCACAAAUUGAAGCGUGGGAAAAAGAUACUCGAACGAGUUGGGUUAGAGGAGAAACCCUCGGAAAGGGUGGUUUUGGUUUCGUCUCUAUCGCCAAAACCAACCAAGAUAAUAAUCUCCCGCCGUUGAUUGCCGUGAAAACUGCCAAAGGUUCCGAAUCCGAAUCCCUGAAGAAGGAGAAGGAGUUGCUCGACAAAUUCCAGUCAUGCCCCUCUAUCCUCCGCUGCUUUGGGGACUCAAUCACGACCGAAAACGGGGAGACACUCUACAACAUAUUGCUCGAGUAUGCCUCCGGUGGAUGUCUUGCCGAUCACAUCAUCAAAGGCCUUCCGGAAAUUACCGUCAGCCGCUGCACAAAAUCCAUACUCACGGCGCUCCUUCACGUCCACAAGGCCGGUUAUGUUCACUGUGACGUGAAGCCUCACAAAGUUUUUAAUAGUUGUUUGCCUGCAGAAAUGGAAAACUAA